ACUUACCUCAAAAAAAGCCUAAAAAUCCCCAUCAAAGGCCAAAAGAACAGAAAAAAGUUUCUUCACGCGGUGGCAAUGGCGUCUUCUUCCUCCUCCUCCUUAUCCGUCACCAUUUUCCUCCUCUUGGCGCCUCUCUGCCUUUCACGUGAGUCACCUUCGCAAAUCCCAAACGGAACCCUAGAUCUCUCUUUACUAUGGUACGGCCAAUUCACGCCUAUUCAAAAGGAGAGGGUUCAAGAUUUCAUAGAAUCGCUUAACUUCGACGCCAAGGAAGGUCUUGACCCAAAGGUAUCGGCCUGGUGGAAAGUGGUGGAGAGUUACCAAGAGAGGUUCGAGGUGAAGGAUAUUUACCGACAGAAGAAGAGUAACAGAACCGUAGCUCCGAGGAUUAAGGUCAAGGUUGUCCGGAGUUAUGUGGAUGAGAAGAUGAAGUAUGGAAAGGAAUUGACAAUCGGAAAUGCUGAGAAACUUGUUGAGACGGCCAUCGGAAAUAUGUCGAAAGUGGUGCCCGUUGUAUUACUUUCGGCGCAAGUUAGGGCUAUUGGCGUAGGGUUUUGUAACGGAACUUGCCAACAUAACGCCCUUGCCAAAAUUAAAGGUCAAAAUGAACCGCGACCGUACAUAAUGGUAAGCAACCCGGAGGAUGAAUGUCCCGGAGAGUGCGCUUGGCCUUUCCACACGGCCGACAAGGGUCCACGUGGCAUGACCUAUCAACCGCCAAGUGGCGAAGUUGGAGCCGACGCAUUGGUUAUUCAGCUAGCCACCGGUUUAGCCGAUCUCGCCACCAAUCCAACUCUAACCGAGUUCUUAUUCAAAUCUGAGACGACACCGUACAACGAUGACGGAAAGAGAAACCAUGUUUCUUCCAUCUAUAUCGCGGACCCUGCAACCAAAUGCACUCGGGUUUUUGGAUCCGGAGCUUUCCCAGGUUUCACCGGUAGAAUUCGGGUUGACCCGGUAACCGGUGGAGCCUUUAAUUCACACGGAAUCAACCACUUGAAAUUCUUGAUUCCUUCUAUUUGGGACCCUAAGACCAAAUCUUGCUGGACUCCUAUGUAAACCGUUACUAUUACAUAUUGUUACACAGUUUUUACCCUUUAUGAACUUUUAAGGUUAUCUUGUUAUUGGAAGUAUUCAAUACACAACUAGACUUGGAACGAUCCUCGUGUAAAUUAAAUCCUGUGAGAAAAUAAGAAAAUCCAUGGUUUAGCAGAUAAA